GCGCCCCGCCCGCCCAGUCGGCUCUCGGAAAAGGGAUCAGCGCUGCCACGCGGGGAGCGCGCUCUCCGGCCCGGCCGCGGUAUGCGCGCGCUGCUCGGCCUGCUCCUUGUAUUCGGCUGCUGCACCUUCGCGCUGUACCUGCUGUCCACGCAGCUGCCCGUGGGGCCGAGGCUGGCGUCGGCCGAGGAGCCCCAAGGCAGCCGGUCACUGUGGUUCCCCUCAGAUCUAGCGGAGCUGCGGGAGCUCUCCGAGGUCCUUAGAGAGUACCGGAAGGAGCACCAGGCCUAUGUGUUCCUGCUCUUCUGCAGUGCCUACCUCUACAAACAGGGCUUUGCCAUCCCUGGCUCCAGUUUCCUGAAUGUUUUGGCUGGUGCCUUGUUUGGGCCAUGGCUGGGACUUUUGCUGUGCUGUGUGCUGACGUCUGUGGGUGCCACAUGCUGCUACCUGCUUUCCAGCAUUUUUGGCAAACAGCUGGUCAUCUCCUACUUUCCCGAUAAAGUGGCCCUGCUGCAGAGGAAGGUGGAGGAGAACAGAAACAGCCUGUUCUUUUUCCUGCUGUUCCUCAGACUCUUCCCCAUGACACCAAACUGGUUCUUGAACCUGUCGGCCCCGAUCCUGAACAUCCCCAUUGUACAGUUUUUCUUCUCUGUGCUCAUCGGUUUGAUUCCAUACAAUUUCAUCUGCGUGCAGACAGGCUCCAUCCUGUCCACCCUCACUUCUCUGGAUGCUCUUUUCUCCUGGGAAACUGUCCUGAAGCUGCUGGCCAUUGCCCUGGUUGCUUUGGUUCCUGGAACCCUCAUCAAGAAAUUCAGCAGAAAGCACCUGGCCCUGAGUGACCCAAGGAGCACUCGUCACCUCGGUGGCAGGAAGGACGCGUGACACAGGUGCCAUGUUUACCACAGCCCUGGACUCUGCUGCUGGUCUGUGUGAUGGGCACGGUCCUCUAUUGUCCUCACUGUGUUUUAAUCACCCUCAGGAAGGUGAUGUGAACGGCGUUCUAGUGCGUGCAGAGGCCUAUCAGAAGGGCGCUCUGCUUGAGGGUUCAUUCACAUUUAGCAUGGUUCUGUGAAAUGGACUGCUUUCUAGAAAAUCUUAUUUUGGUUCUGUCCAAUAAUAGGGACUCAGUCUUUUGGGCUUGCCUCUUGCCAGUCCCUGAGAUGUCUUGGGAGAAGAUGCUGGUGGCCGUUUGGACAGGCUGUGUAACAGGUACUCCUGUUAAGUCCCUGUGGAUGACUCUAGCCCGUUAGUCUCCUGAAGAGUGUCUUCUCUACCUUUUUGCUGAUGAUCUACCUCUCCAUAGGCCAAGGGACCCAUGGCGAACUGCCUAAGACUUACACACAGCUCGCGUGCAAUGAUUGCUGUGAUAUCCCCAUGCACACACUGAUGUUUCUAUGUCUGAGCUCCUUGUGGUUGUAUGUCUUCAGAGUUAAGCUGACUCAAACAUGAUUAAAUAUGAAUGGAGCCAGCUUUGCAUGUUCUGAAUGUGUUCUGAGGAAAUGAUCCCUCAUCCCAAGGCCCUGCCAUGCUUCAUCUGAAUCAAAUGGCUAGUUGUGUAUUUUCCACCUGGGAAUCCCUUCUACUGCCUCCUGCUGGGAGAGUGGUGUCAGUACAGGAGACUGUCAGCCAGUAAACACACUGUGAUUUGUUUUGUUUUGCCUUUGCAAGAACAGCUGAGGAAUUUGUGCUUUUUAAUACAAACAGGGAAGAGCGGUAUGAGUGCUUGCCUAUCUGGUCAUCACUCACAGCUGUCACUGUGUCUUCCAGCUGUGGCCCUGAGCUGAUAGCUCUGUGGGCUUGGACCUCAUGGGGACAACUCACGACAAGGACUUGCCAGCACUGCUGCUCUCAGGCAUCACAGACUGGGCUGGUGUGUUUGUCUCAAGUCUGGGCUCAGCCAGGAGUCUUUCCAAGGCUUCAGUCGAGGCCUGAUGUGCGCACUCGGGUUCCACAGUGAGAGUGGAUUUCCAUGUCAUGGCGUUUUUAAGGCUUUCAUUAAAAAAGAAAUGUGUAAAAGAAGCCUUUCUAAUGAGGGGAUGACAGGAAAGAGGCUACACUUGAAGCCAGUGGUUCCAGAGCAUUUUGGAGUAGAGAGGGAGAGAAGACAGGCUUUUCUCCUCCUUUGCAUGUGUGGCCCCAGCGGGGUUUCGCACAAGUGCACCUUGUCAGGAUUGAGCUCACAGGGGAAGGGAUUUCCCUAAUCCAUGGACAUAAACAUUCUGCCGUGAAGACAGAACUUAAGAGCUUGUCUCUGCAUGUUGCUGACUCAAAACUGCCUUUACCAAAGGGACCAGAAUUGCCUAAAAAAUAUAAUUCAAAAGACUGGUUUAGCUCCCUAUUCCCAGCAGGCCUCUGACCAAAUCAUGCCAGCUUCCCAUUUGCCUCUCUUGGCUUCUUUAAGAGUGAUGUCAUUGGUAACAGGACAGCUGCAGGAAUGGCAGCAGAUGGCUCAGGAAGAACCAGAGUGCCUGCCUAAAGCCUUUAUGGGGAAACUCAGACAAAAUGGAAACUGCAACUUUAGUGCUUGUCCCUGAAAUGGAAGAAUCCUGGCUGCAGAACCCCGCUUGCCUUGUCCCUGAAAACCUGGCAGGGCAGCUUGUAAGACGCCAACAGCACCUUUAGGAAAAGACAGGACCAGAACACACCAGGUAGACUUUUUGUUUAAUUUCAUGCAUUGGUUUGUUUUCAUAAUCAUUCUUGUUCCCAUUGCUGUUCGGUACAAAGCCAGAGCCAGUAUCUGAAAAUGACGUGGAGCCGGAGACCUGCGAGCUUCAAGGAGACAAGGGAGUUCAUUUUGAGACUUUAAUACUUGAAAGAAAUUCAUUUGUCCUAAAUCAACAGAAGCUCAAAUUAUUGUAAUAAAUAAUCAUAGAGAGAAAGAAAGGGAUGGGUGGGGGCAGACAUACAUACAUUAAUAAAAAAGAUUUCCUCAUCCGCUGUGAAGUGGGGUUCUAAAGGUGAAGAACCCUGGAUGAUGUGGUCAAGAUACCUUUUCCUAAUAGCCUGCACAUGUGGCUGGGUUUCUAGCUUGUAGCUAUUGGAGGACUGUGGUCACUGGCCGGAUACUAGUGACCUCCAGUGCUGUGCAGGGACCCUGGGGAGCAGGGCUGUGAUUGUGCUGGAAGUUUCCUGACAGUGGCCUUGUCAUCUGCUGAGGAUGUGGCACCUGAAAUCCUGCUGGCAUGCCUUUGCCAUGCAUGUGGCAUUUACCAAAGCCUCACCCAGCUCUUUCCCUGUUUCUGAGAGCUAUCCUCCUCAGCUACCUGUCCCUGAGAAACAUUCUGGGUUCCACUGGGUCUUCCACUCAGCAGCCUCGUUCAGUCCAUUCUUGUUUGAAAGGGCAUCUGCAGUGCCAAGUAAGCCAUGCAGAUAAGCAAACAAACACACCCAAUGGGACAGUCUGGAGGGAGGUAAGCACAUUGGGACGUUUGUUCUAUGGCACCAGCAAAGAAAAACCUUGCUGCCUGGGAAGGCUGGACCACACUGACAGUUGAAGAGAAGUCUUGACAAAGUUUCACAGCAUUUUGGGAGGAAGCAGGUAACAGAGUGCACACUUCAGUUCCCAGAUAGGGAAGGGUGUGCUCAUCCAGUACAGCUCAGUGUGGGUAGAGAUGUGAUUGGUGCAGUCCAAAGGGGAAGAAUGAAGGCAGGCGGCCCGUUGUCAUGACAUGCCCCUGUCAGCCUAGGGAACCCAUAAGGAGACUACUGGCGUGGUCCUAGACUUGUCCAUCAGGAACUGAGGGUCUAGAAUGGUCUUUAGGGAACGGUUGUGAGCUCAGAGCUGGGAGCUGGGUUAAUAAACACUAUGCACAUAAAUUCCAACAAGUACUGAUGAUGGAUGCUUCAGAUGCUGCUGUGAGUGGCUCUGAGGCUGUAGCAAGGCUCAGCAGGGAGCAAUACUGUGCUCAGUAAAAGGUGCUGCCAUGGGGCUUAGAGUGGAGGUGGUCCAUGGUGGCACAGGGCAGUGUUUUGGUUUCUGGAGAAAUAAACAUGGUAUAUGUGAAGCAGGGCAGUUGUUUUGUGUGUGUGUGUGUGUUUUGAGACAGGGUCUCAUUAAGUCACUCUGACUACUUGAAUGUAGAUCAGGCUGGCUUUGAAAUCAUAAAACUCUACCUGUCUCUGCCUCUCCCAGAGCUGGGAUUAAAGGUAUAUGCCAGCAGACCCAGCAAAAAUUUUCUUCUUUUAAGAGAACUUGAGUGGGCAGGCGAUCUCCAGGCCCCACCCUAUUGAGGAGCUCCUGGCAGCUGACAGCUACUGGGGGAAGGAGGAUCAUCCUUUUUCUGCAUGCCCUUUUUAGCUUCCCAUGCCCUACAGUGGGUGUCCCCAUAUACAUGCACUCAUGGGCGGCACUACUAGACUUGGAGAGUUACCAAAACAACAACCUAACCCCCACCCCCAAACAAAACCAUCAAGUUGGGAGGAGGAUGUUUUGAGUGGGCUAUGGAGGGGGAACGGGGUGAAUGUGAUCAUAUUUCAUUGUAUACAUCUAUCACAUUUUCAAGGAAUAAAAAAAAGGAACAUUUGAGACAUAAGGGCAUGAGAAAAAACAGUAAGCCACCGAAUCAAUAGGAACACGUUCCCACUGAGAAGACGUCAGUGCUCCCUUGUGGGGACACUGACAACCCUGAGUUAGUGACAUGAACUCCAAAGUCACCGCCCCCAUCGCCUAGAGUAGGUUGGGGACAGUGGGGCCCCGAGUAAGUUCCACACAGCACCUACUCAAAAUGUCCUUAAUUCCCGAAUGAAUUUUGGUGGAUCUAACAGCUUAAAAUACUCGGUCUUCAAUCAGGCUACUCAAGACACCUUACAACACCACGUCAUUGCCCUGCGCAGGCUCUCCCAGAGUCCUGCAGCUAGCUCUCAGGUGAGGUAUGUUUCAAAGUGGACACAGGCGUCUCCGUUCCUGUGCUAAGCAUUUUUAAGAGGGAUUUUUAUUCAGCGACAUGAUCUAAAAGAAGAGAGGAAAUCCAGUGCUUGACUGCGAUGCAAAACUGAAACUCGCCUUGGUAGUCAGUCCAAACCAGAUGGCCAAAGAAUGACGGUGUUCAUGUUGCACCCAGUGACGAAGUUUGAAAUGGGCCUGGCAAGGCUUCUCAAAGCACCAACACGUGGCGGCAGCUAAGGGCACUGAAGAGCUGGCUCUUAUGUUCCCUGAGCUCUCCACUCAGAGUUCUACUGACUACAAGGUUCUCAAGGAAACACACUCCAGUUUCCUGCUCCAGGGCAGGCUCUGGGGGUAAGGUAGGGGAAGUCUAUUUUCCCUUUUAACCUUGCUUAGAACAGUAAUUCUAUUCAAAAGGACGGGUUUUACUUUUAUCUUGAUGGCACAAUGAAUGAUUGGAGUCCACACACACCCCUAGCAAGCCUAUGACAGUUAAGCCAGAUAAAAGUGACCUUAGCGUGAUGGACAGAGAGGAGAGGACGGGCAUUCAGAAUGAAGACUGAUGUAGCAGGUGCGUUUCCGGGGAGGACCAACACUGAAAGGUGCCCGACAGAAGUUGGCCUUUGUGUAAACAGCUGGUUUUGCUUUGUGUUGGGUAUAAGAAUCUCUGUUCCAAGGAAUAAGAGACCUGAGGCUGGAGGAUAAAAGAAUAAUGACUCUGAUGUCAUCCCCCAGCCCUGUGACCCCCAAAUGCCUCCACCUCCUAGAACUCCUGUCUAUUCCAGAAGCAGAUCGUGACUGGCAUUACGUACUUCCCUUUGUUCUAGUCUUUCUGCUCUUCCCAAUUUGUGGGGCUCAGUGGGAAGGCGAUGACUCGCUUUGCUCUACACUCUUGAAACUGCCUCACGAGCCUCCGCAGAAAUGCUUUGUCUUGCUGUAAGAGCAUUGAAUCUCUUUUUGCCUCUACUUCAGUGCCAUGAUUUUAUUUCUAAGACAUUGGAGGGGAAAGUUUAUAACUUUUGGGACUUUUGAACGAUUUGUUCAUCAACUUGGUCAUCUGCCCAUUCAGGAGAUUUUACAAUCAAUUAAAAACAAAAUCAUCACAGUGUACCCAAUGUUUGUCGGGGGCAGAACACAACCCCUCAGAGCAGCUGCUACAUCCAGGAAGCCAGGGAAACCACCAGGGAGUACACUGAGGAAUGCCAGGCAUCCCACAGACAGCUCCAUCCCCAGACCCUCACUAGGCCCACAGAAGCCCAUAACAAUCCAUGGUUAGCAAGAAACAGUCAUUGUGCUACACAAUAAGCCACACCUUCUGGUCAACAGAAAAUUAUGACAACAUAAAGUAAAACAACAAGGGUAAGAAUGUCAUAACUUAAGCUCUCCUGUGUAGUCCUGCUACAGUUCAUACAAAAUGGAAUAAUUUAACAAAACAAUACUGCUUUCCAAGUUAAACAUUUCCCUUCAUCCUUCCUAUGAGCUAAAAAUUAUAGACACUAAAAUUUAAAAUCAGUGUCUCAACAUAAAGUGUAAACAAAGGAGAGGUCAGACAGAAGGCCGGCUCUAAGUCCCCUCCUGCUUUUCAGUUUUGGCUGCUGCAGUCAGUGACCCCCAGCCAGGAGCAUCGUUUCCAUUGGGGUUGGAAUGUCUUAAAACCUAACAUCCUUACUGGAUGAAAUGUCAGAAUCUAGCAAGUUCAGAUUUGGCAGAAGCCUGCAUUGGAGACAGGAAUCGGGUCAAUGCACAUGUAUACGAAUUCUAGAUAAGACAUCUUUAAGCCAGGCAUGGUGGGGCCCACCUGUAAUCCAGCCCUCAGCAGGCUGCGAGACCUCUCCUGCUGCAAGCCAAGACUCCACAAAUUACCUGGAGUACUUUUCAUAGCCCAGGCAGGACUCUGGACACAGGAAGAAUCACAUGCUUUUGAGAUACUAAAGUAAUCCUAAUUCCUGCUUAGCAUCAGCUGCUCCUUCUACAAGGUUCCUAACCUACCUAAACAAAACUGCAGUGGUUCAGAAUGAAAACAGACCGCAUUUUACAAGAAGCAUUGAACAAAACGUGGUGAGACAGGCCACCUUCCUGCAAGCUGCUAAGUUUGCCUUGUAUGCUACGCUGACAGACAGCCACCAAAGCUUCCAAGCUAGAGUAAGAUCGAGAACAAAAAUAAAGGUGGUUUGGGACUGGACACUGGACACACACAUCCUAGCUGCCAUCUGUGUGAAUCAAUAUGAUUCCAGGAGAUAGACAACCUGAGUCCCGAGAAAGGUUGCGCCAUCUUGCUUGUAUCGCUGAACGCGGCCAUCCUGAAGAAGAAUGGUAUGUUUUACAGGUAUGUUUUCCUAAUGCCACUCAGUGUCCUCCUGUCCCACUCGAGACCCUUUCCCCUUCCUGAAAGAAGUGCCAACAGGUGGAAGGAAAGGAAGAAGAAAUGGCACCCGAGUCUGAAAGACCACGCUGGUGGAGGUCGUGACAGUGGCAGCAUUUAAAGGCAAGACUUGAUGAUACUGUAACCUUUACUGCCAGAUUUAGCUUAGUGUUUAAGAAGUGAAGUCAUUUCCACAUGUGCGGUUCCAGUUCUGUUUGCUUUUCCCUCUCAGAGGAAGCGCGUGCGCUCCGAGGCUUUGGGGCUAUCGGAUCCCUCAGCUUCUAGGUCAUUUCCAUCCCUCACAUGGACGAGCCGUUGAACUUAACAUGGCUGCGUAUCUUUUGGCUUGUAUUGUAAAUGUUCAGUAUGUCUCAUUGCAACUCUUCAAGUAUGGACAAAAGACCUGACCUGGUCCCGUGUUCAAGCGACAGUGACACCUCCCAGCCCCAGAAACUCCAAUGUUGCUCCUAAAGACCCUCUUUCCUUUCCUUUCCUUUUUUUUUUUUGUAAAGAAAUUAUUGUAUCUAUUAUCAUAUAUAGUUCACUCUUUACAAUACAAAGUGUUAAAAUGUCCAACAAAAAUAAAUAUCAAUGUUACAGUA